AGAAGGCAAUACCAUUCGCGCAGGACACUCGACGGAGUUGCUUCGGGCUUCACUUGCACCACCAACCAACCAACCAUCCAAUCCUCCCUCGCCCCCUUUCCAUCUACUUCGGUAUCGGGAUCCUUUUUUUUUCUUUCCUCGUCGUCCAAAGCCGAGAUUUGGAAACAGUGAUCUUUAGUUUGGUGUGCGACACUUGACAAGAAAGAAGAUCCUCUCUUAUGAGCAUCUAUUGAACUUGGACUGUUUUCGUUUUCAACCCCAUUCAACCACCCAGAAUUAGUAGUUGUUGCUCUUGUUCCAUUGGGUGAACUUGAGCCAUAACCUCGUGGAUAACUCCGAGGACUACUUCGUUGGUGGAUAGACCAUCAUGCUUGUGUAAAACCCAAAGUUGGGAGAUACUUCUUGGGCAUUACUCAAACUUUGAGAGGAACUCUACUAGUUUUCGAACCCUAGUCACAAUGACUGCAUUCAAGAUGCGGUCAAAAGAAAUCAUCGUGGCCAUUUUGUGGAUGAUAUCGCUAGCGCAGACAGCUGAACAUAGUGUGCAAAAACGACAGAUUGGCAGUCCAGGUCAGAGAGUGGUUUGCUAUUUCGCCAAUUGGGCGGUGUACCGUCAAGGUACUGCCAAGUUUACACCUCAAAAUAUCAACCCGUACCUUUGCACCCAUUUGAUCUAUGCCUUCGGUGGAUUGACCAAGGAUGACACCAUUCAACCUUUUGAUAAAUACCAGGAUAUCGAGAAAGGCGGAUAUAGCCAACUUGCUGCCUUGAAAACCUACAACAGGGAAUUGAAGACCUUGCUCGCCAUCGGAGGUUGGAACGAAGGCUCCAAAAGGUUCUCGCCCAUGGUCGCAGAUCCGGCUCGACGACGAUCCUUCAUUAAGAGUGCCAUUCGAUUCGCCCGACAAUACAAUUUCGACGGAAUCGAUUUGGAUUGGGAAUACCCUUCAUUCCGAGAUGGCGGUAAACCUGAAGAUCGUGUCAACUACGCUAAAUUGAUCAUUGAAAUGAGAGAAGCCUUCGAUUUGGAGUCCGAGCAAACUGGCAAAGAGCGUCUGCUCAUUACCAUGGCUGUUCCGGCUUCAUUGGAAUAUGCUGGCAAGGGUUUCGACAUCAAGACCUUAAACAAGCAUUUGGAUUUUUUCAAUUUCCUCACCUAUGAUUACCAUUCUUCCUAUGAGCCUUCCGUCAACCACCAUUCCCCAUUGUUCAGGCCCAAGGAUGUCUCAGAAUAUGACUUCCGAGCCGAUUUGAACGUGGAUGCCACAGUCAAAUUUUACAUCAAGAAUGGAGCCUCGAGGGACAAACUUGUUUUGGGUAUUCCCACUUAUGGUCGAUCGUACACUUUGGUUAAUCCUGAUGCUCAUCAAAUCGGAAGUCCCACCGAUGGUCCCGGAGAGCAAGGAAAGGGAACAAAAGAGGACGGUUAUUUGGCUUAUUAUGAGAUUUGCGAAGGUGUCAAACAAAAGAAUUGGACUGUGGAACGUCCUAAUCCUGGUUUGGUUGGACCUUAUGCUCACAAUGAUGAUUUCUGGGUCGGAUACGAUGAUAUCAAUGCUGUUAUGGACAAGGCCAUCUACGUUAGUGAAGAGGGCUUGGGAGGUAUCAUGUUCUGGACCAUUGACAACGACGAUUUCCGUGGUGCUUGUCAUGACAAACCUUUCCCCUUGAUCGAAUCCGCCAAGGAAGCCUUAUUUGGCAAAGUCAACUCUCAAGUGAAAACAUCGGUAUCUGUCUCCACCUCGGAACAAACUCGAGUCGAAAGAGUCAAACUCACCCCUAAACAGUUGGAAGAUAUGGCGUCUCAAUCGGAGAGUGAAAAAGACUUCCGAACACCCCUUACUCCUCGACCAAGAUCUCUUCCAUCUGGUGUUACCAUUGAUCCCUUCAACACUCCUUCGCCUCCAACCACGCCGAGUAACGAACCUGCCUUUGAAUGCAAGUCCGAGGGAUUUUUCCCUCAUAAGUCCAUUUGCAAGAAAUACUAUUGGUGUUUGGAGGCCGCUGGAUUGGGUAUGGUGGCUCAUACCUUCACUUGUCCCGGUGGCUUGUACUUCAAUGUUCUUACGGACGGUUGCGACUUCAAACGCAAUGUUGAUUGCGCAGAGAAGGAUGCUGGUCAAGAUUCGCCAUCAGCAUCAACCACAACGGCUACGCCACAAUCUGCCGAAGACGACUCUGAAGAGGAUCCCCAAUCCCUUAAGGAUAUUUUGUCCUCGAUAAAGGCUGCUGGCGGCCUCGAGGCAUUUGAGAACCAACUACGAAAGGAGGAGGAGCACAAAGAGGAACUCAUUGAGCAAGAACAAACACGAAAAACCGAUAUCUCGUCACAAACACGAAACCGACUCAACCAGUUAUUGGAGAGGAAGCGGGCAGAAUCCAACAAGAAACUGGAAGGAGGCCAAGAUGAUAAGGAAGAAGAGCAAACUCAGGCUUCCCGACCUGACACCAACCCCAACCUGUCCUCCGAUUCUGAUUCCGAACCUGAACAAGAGCCAAGUCAAAAACCUAGUGUUGCCAGUACAACCGAGCAGGAACGAACCACUACCAGAUCAAGUUUACUGGGAAGAUUGGCCAACCGGAGGUUGAAUUCUGGAGGUUCUGAUCGACUUCGCAGGUUAAGGGAACGGUUCCAAGCAAAGGAAAAAACCGAAACCCCCAAUCUUGACGAGGAUCAGGAUGAGCCUCAAAUUGACUCUGCCAGUCCCGCUACCCAAUCCGAUACAACCACCGCCAGAAGCCGCCUGUUCAGAAAUCGACCGAGGUUUGGCCUCAAUCGAGGUCAGUCGUUGGUCAAUUCAGUCGCCACGACACCCAAAGCCAGGACUGUCUUGCGAGGUCGCGAUCGCUUCCGUAACUUGAUUGCCCGACCCUCCCUGCCAUCCGCCUCAACCACACCCACAACGACCUCAACUGAGGCCGAGAGCUCUAAUGACAAUGAAAAUAUCGGAGAGAGUAAAUCUGAGGAUGAUACUACCGCCUCCACCUUGAGACCCAAUCGCUUCCGACCCAAAUCCGGUACCAGAGAUAGACUUCGAUCCAUUCUUCACGAAUCGUUGGAAGAAGAAAAAGACGCUGAAGAGACCAAUGGUGAUGGCGAAGAAACGCAAUUUGUCGCCUCUAAUAAACAGAGAGUCCCACCUGUGUUCAACGAUGAGCCUGAAGCCUCGCUAAGACCCAAAUCUAGAUUUCAACCCGAGUAUGUGGAACUUAAUCGAGGCCCAGUGCCAAAACCUCGGGAAUUGGAAGAGGCGAUCAGCAGCAGCCUACCCCCAACGGUCGCUCCUUUGGAGUACGUGACUCUCAGUCGGGGGUCUUCUCAACCUAACGAUGUGGAUGCGGUUGGCAACAACCUUUCGGAGACUGAUGAGGAUACUUUGGGUAGUCCUAGGACCGGUCUUGAGUCUCAAUUUAUCACUCCGUUGCCUUUUGAUGCCGCCAUCCGUGAGGAUGACGAAGAGGGUGCUGACGACAUUCCCUUGAGGGCGGUCACGCCGGAGCCCACUCGGAAUCUCGAAUAUGUGACCCUUAGACGAGGCCAAGAGGCUGCUGCCAACACAGUUCCGGACUCCUCUGAUGAGGUGAUUAGUAAUCAGGGCGCCAUAUCAACUCCGGCAACCGAGGAAGCUCCAGUGGAUCCAGUCAACGACAACCCAACCGCCGCUCCCGAGUCCUUCUCCAACGUAGACAAAGGCUCCUCGCUCAGCAACAGGAGGAACCCAUUGAGAAGUAGACCCUUCGUGCCGAGGGCAUCCAUACCCCGGUUCUCUUUUCCCACUCGCAACACCACCCCCAAUCCACCCCGGAGAUCAUCCUUGUUAAUCUUGAGCAACCCCUCCCCGACCCCGUCCUUCGAAGACUCUUUCACCUUUAGCAUUGCCAGUAGCACUCCAGCCUCACCUCAGAGGGAAGAGCCCAGAAAAAUUGAAAUCUCCGAACCGUCCUUCCCAUCUUCAGUGGCACCCUCUCGCAAUCUAGGCCCUCGGCCAGAGGAGCAACUCUUUCAACAAGUAUCACAACAACCACAAUUUGAGGAUCUGAACGUCGAGCCUGCCUUUGAAAGUCGCUUUGAAGAGUCCCCUAGUCCAAUUUUCACUAUCGUGGACGGCACCCGUGAUAGACCAGAGGGUCCCAUUGUCGCCACGGCCGUUCCUCUCAUUUCUCGACCCACGGUCCGCCCCAAUGUCAAGCCAUUGGCUCGAUCACCCUCCCCUACCCGACGGCGACGCCCUUCUGUUGUAACGACUCCUAAGCCGCCAGCGGAGUACGAAUACUAUUACGAGUAUUACUAUGAUGAAGAUGAAGCUGACGCGAACGUUCUACCCGAGAGCCGCAGUAAACCAGUCCCAAGUAUCGACGAUUAUGAUCUCCAACCUCUGACUAAUAAGGUGGAGAUUCUGCCAAGUGGGCGCACCCUCUGCCAUGAUGUGGGCGUGUUCCCACAUCCCCAUUCCUGUCGUAAAUUUGUCAUGUGCUCACGCCGAGCCACUCGAGAUGGCAUCACUGGUUGGGAAUACGAAUGUCCCAUUUAUCUAGCGUUUGAUCCCGUGGGUGGCAGGUGCAAUUGGGCCACAGACGUGGUCUGCUCUUGAGCCUCAUAUCCCUUUGAUCGAAUCAAAACGAGCUCACGUCAAAGCAUUCUUCUGAUUUUCAUUUGAUACUCCUCUUGUUAAGUUUUGAAUACUUAUACUGGUCCCCUGAAGAAGGGGAUUUUUUACAAUGUGGCUCGAGUUCAAGAAAAAUAAGUUGUGGAAGGUGUGCCAUAUAAUCCUCAAUUGCUUUGACUCCGACUUUAAUUAACGUAAAGUUCUGACGCAGUUUUUUAAAAAGGCUGCAUUCAUGUGUAUUUACUGAAUCAUUGAUGGAUGAUAUGCUCUCCAAAAUAUUUUUUUGCCAAAUCAUUUGCAACUUGAUGAUGAUGAUUCCCUCUGAGAAAUUUUCAUGAUAAUAAACAACUAAAAA